GUGAGGCAAGGGUUUUAAGCAGAAGCACCGAGGAGGGAGGGAGGGGAGAGAGAGACACACACACACACACACACACACACACACACAGCUGAGUUGUUGUUCUUCUCCACAAAACCCUCCCCUCAAAAAUGGGCACAGUCGCGGCGGAGAAGACAGAGGAAGAGCUUCGCAAAGAGAUCGAAGAACUCAACCGCCAAAAAUGGGAGAUCACGGAGCGGCUUCGCGAUCCAAGGGGUCUCCGCCGCGGAGGCCUAUCGGGCCCCGGCCCUCGGAAUUUUAUUGCCGACGGCGGCCGCCAGCGUGGAUUUCUUAGACCUGCUGAAAGGACUGAUUCUGAAGACCAGCCUCCGCAGAAGAGGAGACUCUCUUCUGCUAUAGUUAAGGCUGAGGAUGGAGAGAUCAUUGAAGAUGCUGCCGAGGCUGCAAAUAAUGCAAAGAAGAAGGAUUCAGCCGUGGAAGGUAGUAGCAGUAGUGGUGUCACAGCAAACCAGAGUGAGAGAAAGCCAUCCAAUUUGUCAAGGAGGGAUGGCAAUCAAAGGCCAUCUAAGAUGGAUUUUGAAGUUCCUCCGACAGAGCAUGUUCCAAGGGUAUUGCCAAAGGAUGAGGACCCAAGCUUGGUUAAUAGAAAUAAAAGAAUGCUCGGACAGCUUUUGGGGACAUUGGAGAAAUUCAGGAAGGAAGACAAGCAACUCUCAGGAACGGAGGCGUACAUGCGGAGGUCUAAUUCGUUACAAAGAGCUGAGCAAAGGGCUCGUGAAGAAAGUGAAAGGCUGAGACAACAGGAGCGCGAACAAAUUGCAGAGAAACGGAGAAGAGAUUUGACUCUCAGGGCACGUGUUGCUGCCAAGGCAGAGGAAAAGAAGUUGGAAUUGUUGUUCCUUCGGUGGAGUGAGCACCAAAGAAAACUUGGCAACUUUUUAAGGACUAAGGCAGAGCCUCCUAUAUAUUACAUGUUUAGCAAGCCGAUGGAUGAUGAUGCAGUGUUAAUUGAGCAGCAGAAGGAACAGACUUUUCAAGCAUGGAAGGAUGCGAGGAGGGAAGAAUUAUCACAAUAUCAGAAGCAAAUUGGGGAGCAGUAUCUUGCCAAUGUCGAAAAGGAGCUGGAGAGGUGGCAAAAUGCAAGAAAAGCUAGGAAACCAAACAAUGAUAUGUUGAACUUACAAGAGACAAUGGACAAAGAACUGGAGACCCACAGGCUUGAGCAUGGUCCCAAGACACGAAAGAUCCCCAGUGGAAGCAACAACCAAGAUGAGGAUGAUGUGGAGGAUAUCAACGUCGGAGAGGAUGAUAUGAUGGAUGAUGUGCUUGAAGUCGACGAGAACAACAGGACUGACGAAACAGUUAAGCCAGAAACAGGUAAUGGGAGUCCACAUGUGGAUAAUACAGAUCAGUAGUGUUUGAUUUGAAGCAUUCCAUUUCCUGUCUUCUAUGUUAUUUCCAUAUAUAUGUGUGUGUGUGUGUGUGUGUGUGUGUGGUUUGUAUUGUGUAACCUUUAUUUUCACAUGUGGACUGGCCUUUUAUGAGUAUUGUCUUUCGAAUUUGUGUUAUUUUUUUCUCACCAACACCAUAAAUUUUGUAAGGGUUUUUUUUU